UGCGUGCUCAACAUCAUGUAUAAACUUGUAUCCUGCUUUAGCGGUCGCUGUGGGGCUUUGUCGGGACAGUCCUGCUUUCAGACUAGUUUGGCCAAAAUCCAUUUGGCAAGCAGCGGUGCAUUAUGUCAGAAACCAGUUAUGAGUCACGCUCUUACAAGCAUACCAGAGAUGCCAGCUUGUAAUUUCAGUCCAGAGAAAUAUAAGGGUAUGUCAAAAGCACAGAUGCUGGAGAUCCGCAAACAGAAAUGCAACCCUAUGACCAUGAAGGUUACUUACUAUAAGAAGCCAGUGUUCAUUCAUCAGGGACACAUGCAGUGGCUGUGGGACGUGGAUGGGAAGCGAUAUCUGGAUUUGUUUGCUGGUGUGGCUACUGUCAGUGUGGGCCAUUGCCACCCGAAAGUAAGGACCGCCGCAGAACAGCAACUAAAGAAACUCUGGCAUACCACUAGCAUUUACGCCUACCCUGCCCUCCAUGAGUACUGUGAAAAGCUAGCUUCCUAUUUACCAGAUCCUCUUAAGGUGAUCUAUCUGACUAACAGCGGCUCUGAAGCCAAUGACCUUGCAAUGUUGAUGGCUCGCCUCUACACUGGCAAUUAUGAUAUUAUCACACUCAGAGGAUCAUAUCAUGGUGGAAGUCCGCAGGCCAUGGGUCUUACUUCCAACGCAGCUUAUAAAUACCCCAUUGCCAACGGUUUAGGUUGUACAAAUACCAUGUGUCCUGAUGUGUUCAGAGGUCCGUGGGGAGGAAGCCACUGCAGAGACUCUCCAGUACAGACGACCAGAGAGUGUAGCUGUGUGCAAGGUAAUUGCAUGGCAAAUGAACAAUACAUCAAACAACUCAAAGAGACUUUAGCUACAAGUGCCCCAGAGAGAAUCGCUGCUUUCUUUGGAGAACCAAUUCAGGGAGUCGGAGGAGCUGUUCAGUAUCCUAAAAACUACCUCAAGGAGGCAUACCAGCUCGUAAGAGAGAGAGGAGGGAUCUGCAUCGCUGAUGAGGUCCAAACGGGAUUUGGACGAACUGGAAGCCACUUCUGGGGUUUCGAAGGGCAUGAUGUCAUUCCUGAUAUGGUUACAAUGGCAAAGGGCAUCGGUAAUGGAUUCCCCAUGGGAGCUGUUGUCACAACACCUGAAAUUGCAGCCUCGUUUGCCAAGGGGGUUCAUUUCAACACCUUUGGAGGAAAUCCUGUGGCUUGUGCUGUUGCUUCUUCAGUGCUCGAUACUAUGAUAGAAGAUGGCACACAGAAGAAUAGCCAUGAUGUGGGCACCUAUCUAAUGAUGGAACUGGCAAAACUUAGAGACAAGUAUGAGGUCAUCGGUGACGUUCGUGGAAAAGGCCUUAUGAUCGGCGUGGAAAUGGUCAAAGACAAGGCCAGCAGAGAUCCACUGCCUCCUGAGGGCAUGAAUGAUAUCUUUGAGGACGUUAAAGAUAUGGGAGUCCUGAUUGGCAAAGGAGGAAUUUAUGGACAGACCUUUCGCAUCAAACCCCCCAUGUGCAUCACAAAGGAAGAUGCAGAUUUCUUCUUGGCUGUUUUCAGCAAGUCUGUCCACAACUACAUGGAAAGAAGAUGAAACCUCAAAGGUCAGCAAAGUCGAGGACCAAACCUGAGCAUCUGCACAGUGGAUUACAUUUUUUAUACAUCUUUUAAAAUUUGAAUAUGUCAGUCAGUAUUAGUUAGAGAAACCAGUAUCUUUGUAAAUUCAUUUGCUGCUAUUGUAAAAGUAGGUUUUAACAAACAAUUUAUUAAUCACAAAUUGCAGUUGUUUUCUGAUCAUUAGCAGUAUAUUUGCAAAAUUGUAGUAAAUUUACUUUACUAAUGAUUCAAGCAAUUUCUCCAGUGUGCCUUUUGACAGUCUUGGAAAUCUUGUAAAGAUUUGUUUUCAUAUUAAUAACAAAUCUUUAUUUUUUAUUUUUUUUUUUCAAAUUUGGUUUAUUGUUAGGCUAACAGUCAGCCAUGUGUUGAAUAAAUGCAUUUGUUCCUGUGUCUAAUUA